AUGUCUCGGCCCCGCGCUUCUCAUGCGUGUCGCGAAUGUCGUCGUAAAAAGUUGCGCUGCGAUCUGGCCAGGCCUUCUUGCACACGAUGUGCCUCGUCGGGAUCACCAUGCGUCUACGGCGCCGGAAGCAGUGGCAGUCGCGACUUUCAAUUCGUGCAGACCACCUUUCACGGAAGUCGGGGUGAAUCUUCUGGCGCAGGCAGCUUAGCAGCAACAGAAGAGGUGGCGCUCUCCACAACUCGGUUGCGGACCCUCGAGGAGAAACUGGAGAACCUCACCGCACAAGUUCAAGCACUGCAAGGCAGAAAUUCAAUGCCGUCCUUGAUUGCUGCUGCCGGCGAACCGUCCGCUGACGUGGCCAACGACACGAUGAAGCGCGUACGCACAACUGAAAGCGCUGCUUCUGCCGAAGCGAUGCGGGAAUCUGGAGCGGGACACCUACUGGUUCAACCGGGUGGCAGGCUCCGCUAUGUCUCGCGCGGACACUGGGCUGCAAUGUGCGAAGAAGCCGGCGAGAUUGAAAUGCUUCUCCGAGGCCAGACGCGUUAUGAUCUUCCUGUCGCUGAGAGACAGACUCGAUCUCUAUACGAUGGCGAGGUUGUCUCAGCGCCAGCAGCUUGGGAUAAGUCGCAGCGUGUCUCGUCCAAAUCUCGCCAAUCCUCGCCCCUCCACACACUGCAGAUUCUUGAUCGAUCUCGGGCUGAUGCCCUCUUUGACGCAUAUAUCUCGUGCUUUCACCCUGUGGUACCCCUGGCACACAUUCCCACUCUUCAGAGGGACUAUGAACGGGUCUGGGAUCUGCAACGUUCGGGUGGCGCUCCCAACACCAUACAAACCAUGCCACUGAUCCUCGCAGCACUGUACGCUGGAGCUGUAGUCUACCACCAUCCGUCGCUUCAAAAUACCCGACCAGACACUGACAUUGAGCGUGUGGCCACGGAGAUUCACCACGAGGCCACCGCCGCCCUGCACCUUGCACAUUUUCCGAGGGUCCCAACCGUUGCAGGCUUGGCAGCUCACUUGAUCCUACAAGGCAUGUGGAUGAGGGACGAAGAGCCACUCUCAGCAUCUGGCGAUUUUGGUGUCGCAGUCCGCGUGGCUCAGAUGCUCGGUUUACACAAGGACCCGUCACGCUUCAAGACCACUGUGGCACCAGUCCAAGCCGAAGUCCAACGGCGCGUGUGGUGGCACGUUUUCCACUGCGACGUUCUUGUCGCUGUGGCUUCUGGCCUUCCCCCGCUGAUUGAACGGAGCUCUUGGGACACCAAGAUGGUCAGCGACCUCUACGAAGACCGAUUUGGAACCAUGGAAGGGCUCCAGCACGACGAAGAAUCUCGGGCACGCUAUCUUCAAGGUGAAACCGGUCCAGAUGCAUCGCCACUCGCAUCGCCGCUGGGCAUUUGGUUGCAAGGCAAAUUCCAAGACGCAUUAUCAGUACGCAAGCUGUUGGACAAAGCUUUCCACGAGGAUCAAAUGACUAUAGACGAUAUGGUAUCAGCUCGGAAUGAUCUGCAGCUGCUCCGACGACAGUUGCGAGCCCGGUCCCAGCUGAUCCCGAUCGACAGCUCCAAUAAUACUUACGAAGACAACCCUCAAUUCAAUAUGUGGGCCAAAGUGCUACUCACCACGCUAGGUGAUAAGAACUGGUGGUUCCUGCACACUCCUCUCCUCCAUCGCUCCAUCACCCAAGCCUGGCAGAGCUUAAUUCCCAACCUUCAGCUGUAUUGUUGUGCCUUCCUCGAGCAAUACAUUAUCCUCUGUUGCGCCCAGGAUUUCAUCCGCUUUCAUUGGUCCUGGCCGGGCAACCAUCAACCACUGCACGCUCUCAUGUUAGUGUUGAAGGAGGUUGAACGCAACCCCGCCGGCGCAGAGGUGGAGAUCUCUUGCACGGUCAUCGACCAGACCAUGGCGCUCUGUGCGCCAGAAGGCGGUAUCACAGCGAGUGGCAAUGGAGCCAUGAUGCACCGUCCACUCAAUGAAGGGGGCGCCGAAGCAUGGGACCUCAUCCGCCGCUUGCGCGCAAGGGUGUGGACCAAGAUCGGCCGCGAUCCUGAGGUCAUCCUCACACGGGACGAUGUGGAAUCGAUUGUGGCACAAAAGCUGCAAGCCUUCAAAGCUUCUGGUGGCAUCCUGGACCUGCGAACACCUCUCCCCAGCGAUGUGACUGGCCAAUUUGAGCAGCAGCCUAUGGCCCAACCUGCCACUUCUCUCCACUCAGGGACAUCCUCGUUCACAACUCCUCUGCCAGACGUAGCAGGAGACCCUGGUCAGUUCGACCAAUAUACGUUUGGCCUCGGUGGUGGCAGGCCGACCCCGAACAUCAAUUGGGACGACUGGGAUCAAGUGUUCAACACUGGCUACGACUGA